GCCGCCCGCGCAGGCGACAUUCGAUCUUUAUCCAAUUUCGAUCUCUUCCCCAUGACUGGAGCGCACAGAGCGCCCCUUGCCCCUCGGCGCUCGCGUCAGCAGGGCAACACCCUCCUCCCCACAGGAGACUGAAGAAGGGGACGGGGCGGGGGUGGCCAGGAGUCCCUCAGUGCUGCUGGCCACGCACCUCCAUGUUGGACGGCGUGCCCGUGUCUGCAUGCGCGUCGGUCACGGAGGCCCGGGCCGGGCCUGCUGGCUGAGGGACUUUCUGCACGCCCCGGACGCAAGUGGCCCCUCAGCUUCCCCGCUGCUUCUGAAACACCGCUGUGGACCAACUGGACGGCAUUCAACUGGCAAUGCCUGCGCCUGGACGCGGGGGGCGGCCCGCGUUUCCACAAGGGGAUCACACUUUGCCAGGAUAUAGUUGUGUAAACUGGGGGCUGCCACCACGGAGAGACCACAGGAACCCCCCUUGGGCCCUCCAUGUCCCUUUGACGGGGCCUUUUGGACUCGAAGACCCCCCCACGCCCCCCAGCAGGGGUGCUUUGCUUGCAUCUCCAAGACACCCCCUGUACAGCAAGGAUCGCCGGUCCUGUCUCCUUCUUCUGCCGUUUGCCUCAUGGAGAACAAGAGCUGCAAAGGGGACAGCCUGCGGCCACCUGUCCAAUGCAAACACUCUGUAGAGAAGAAGACGAUGACUAACCCCACCACGGUGAUUGAAAUCUACCCAGACACCACCGAGGUGAAUGAUUACUAUCUCUGGUCCAUCUUCAACUUUGUAUACCUCAAUUUCUGCUGUCUGGGAUUCAUUGCCUUGGCAUAUUCUCUGAAAGUUCGGGAUAAAAAACUCCUCAAUGACCUGAAUGGUGCUGUCGAAGACGCCAAGACUGCCCGUCUUUUUAACAUUACUAGCUCGGCACUGGCCACUUUCUGCAUCAUCCUUGUCUUCAUCUUUCUGCGAUACCCACUCACCAACUACUAGAACGUGGCCAGUAGUUGCUGCCCAAAUUCCCGUGCCAGAAGCCGCCAUUGAGUUUCUAACAGAAGGGACACAAACAAAUAAAACGACACCCAUGCAACUCCCUCCAAAUGACAAACGCCACCCCAAACAGAUCGAAGAAACAAUCAGGACUCCCCUUUACACUCCUCCCCUCCCCUCCCCCCCAAUAGCCUGACUGGUAUGUGAACUUCCGUAGCAGAGAGUUUUACUUUUACAUUUUGUACACAAAGUAUUUAUUUUCAUGAUAAAGAAAUAGGAUUUGAUGGUGAGAUGGAAACGAUGCGGCUUAAUCAGAGGGGACGGCGGACUGCGGUGGAGGAGAAGCGGAAAGAAUACACCAGUGAUCCCAAGAUGAAGGCAACGUAACCAACCUGAGACUGCUGAACUGAGAGGAUGGGGCAGAUUGCCCUGUUGGGCAUGGUGAAACGCAGACCUCUUUGGGGAUAUACCCCUAUGUCUGUACAGAGUUUCAGAAGCUCAAGAGAGGGAAUGGAAUAAUUUAAAAAAAAAAAAAAGCUUGCUGCUAAGAGUUAGGCAUGGCCUUUGCAGAACAUAUCAGUUGCAUUCAGACUGCUUCCAAGUUCUUUCCCUCUCCGCUCCUCACUCUGUGUCCCCAACACACACACACACACCUUUGCCGUCUACAUUUUUACCUGUUUUCAUAUUUAUUUGAUUGAAGCCCAUAAUAGCUUGCAAAAAUGUUUAUAAAUCAGGAAAUUUGGGUUCUAGACAGGUUACACUAGCCUCUCCUGAUGAAUCCUGGAGCCUUCCAAGGUAAAUCCCAGAGGGGAGGGGAAAAGUAAUGGUCCUCUUUGGAACCUCAUGGAAACACUGAGAAUGUAGACAACUUAUGGAAAAUUUGCAUAGAUCCUGUAUCUCUGUCAACUUUCAAUAAAAAUACCUCUAACCAUCA